AUGGAGGCCGAAGAGACGAUGGAAGGCCUCCAAGAGUUCCCCGAACACCACAAAAUGAUCCUGGACCGAUUGAAUGAGCAGCGGGAGCAAGACCGCUUCACGGACAUCACCCUGAUCGUGGACGGACAUCAUUUUAAGGCCCAUAAAGCUGUUUUGGCUGCUUGCAGCAAGUUCUUCUACAAAUUCUUUCAGGAAUUUACUCAGGAACCUUUGGUGGAGAUAGAAGGUGUCAGUAAAAUGGCAUUUCGUCAUUUAAUUGAGUUUACAUAUACAGCAAAGUUAAUGAUACAAGGUGAAGAAGAAGCCAAUGAUGUAUGGAAAGCAGCAGAGUUCCUACAAAUGCUAGAAGCUAUCAAAGCCCUUGAAGUCAGGAACAAAGAAAACUCAGCUCCACUAGAGGAAAAUACCACAGGAAAAAGUGAAGCAAAAAAAAGAAAGAUUGCAGAAACAUCAAAUGUUAUCACUGAGUCCUUGCCAUCUGCAGAAUCAGAACCUGUUGAAAUUGAAGUGGAGAUUACUGAAGGUACAAUAGAAGUGGAAGAUGAAGGCAUCGAAACAUUAGAGGAGAUGGCUUCUGCCAAAAAGUCCAUAAAGUACAUUCAGAGCACAGGCUCCUCUGAUGAUUCGGCUCUAGCGCUUUUGGCAGAUAUUACCAGCAAGUACCGCCAGGGUGAUAGGAAAGGACAGAUAAGCGAAGACGAUGGCUGUGCAUCUGACCCAGCAAGCAAACAGGAACACAUGAAAUUACACUCCACUGAGAGUUUCAAGUGUGAAAUAUGCAAUAAAAGGUACCUUCGGGAAAGUGCAUGGAAACAGCAUCUCAGUUGUUACCACCUUGAAGAAGGUGGAGUAAGUAAGAAGCAGAAAACUGGGAAAAAAAUUCACAUAUGUCAGUACUGUGAUAAACAGUUUGACCAUUUUGGACAUUUUAAAGAGCAUCUUCGAAAACAUACAGGUGAAAAACCGUUUGAAUGUCCAAAUUGCCAUGAACGGUUUGCUAGAAAUAGCACCCUCAAAUGUCACCUGACGGCAUGCCAAACUGGAGUGGGGGCUAAAAAGGGAAGAAAGAAGCUUUAUGAAUGUCAGGUCUGUAACAGUGUGUUCAACAGCUGGGACCAGUUCAAAGAUCACUUGAUGAUACACACUGGAGAUAAACCCAACCAUUGUACUUUAUGUGACUUGUGGUUUAUGCAAGGAAACGAAUUAAGUAGGCAUCUCAGUGAUGCUCAUAAUAUUUCAGAGCGUCUAGUCACAGAUGAAAUUCUUUCUGUAGAAACCCAUGUGCAAACUGAACCUGUGACGUCAAUGACUAUAAUAGAACAAGUCGGGAAGGUACAUGUGUUGCCACUGCUUCAGGUACAAGUGGACUCAGCACAAGUGACUGUAGAACAGGUCCAUCCAGAUCUGCUGCAGGAUGGCCAAGUGCAUGAUUCACACAUGGGUGAGCUUCCAGAGCAGGUUCAGGUGAGUUACCUGGAAGUAGGUCGAAUUCAGACGGAAGAAGGAACUGAAGUCCGUGUAGAGGAGCUCCAUGUUGAACGGGUAAAUCAGAUGCCAAUGGAAAUACAAACUGAACUUCUAGAAGCAGACUUGGAUCAAAUGGCCCCAGAAAUCAUGAACCAGGAAGAGGAGAGAGAAACUAGCCAAACAGAUGCUGCUGAAAUUGCCGGGGAAGAUCACGAAGAUGCAGAUGGUGUAGCGACCAAAUCACCAGUGGAUUCCCAUGCUGAAAAGGCAGGGAAUGAAAACAGAACACCUGUACCAGUUUUGGACUGAAAUGACACAUGAAUAUAUUUUUACAUUAUAUGUUGGGUUUUUGAACUGAUGGGCAGUGUGACUGUUCUUAAGCUAACAGACAAGUGGACCAAAGUUAAAUUCUUCUCCUGUUGUGCUGAACUGUUUCUGUUGGAGUAAACUGAUUCUUACCUUACCCCCAUUAAUGCCACAGAGGAGGGAUUUUUUUCCCCCUAUAAGUGAAGAGGGACGUUUUGAGAGGUUUAUUUCUGGAAACUUAAAUGAAUUAUAUUCAUAAUAUAUAGUUGGGUACGAACACCUAUUUUCAUUAUGAUAAGGGUUCGCCCUUCUCUUU